CAGCUCCAUCUGUUGGACUCUCUAAAACUAGGCGGGUUGCACACAAAGAGCAUCCCUAGCUGCCGGUUUUGGUGGAAGCAAACUGUCGAGAGGGCAGCCACAUCUAUCCCCGUAGUCAGGGGAAGAUAUGACAUAGCUGCCGCUCUGCUGAGUAGGGAAGAAAUCGCCUCUCGCAGGCAGCUCGAGCCGGCAGCUAGUGCAGCAGCUGCGAGCAGUUCAGCUCCUCCUCCAGAUCGUGCACCGUUGCCCACCGCGGAAUGGUGGGAGACUGAAGAUUUGACUAGCCUUUCGCUGGGGCAGCUCAAGGUACUAGGUGCUGGGAUUGACCGGCAUAUGGGAAAAUUGCUGGACUUUGCAACAAAACUGGGACAUAUGAUAGAAAAGAAGAAAGAGCAUGACAGGUUCAAGGUCGUGGAUUCCAGGAAGAGACAUUUGGAG